CGCGCAUCCACCUUAUGAACACCCGUCGUAGAAAAGGUCCGUACCAUCAAUGUCUUAGAUUAUUCCACGUGUCCACCCUCUCUCGUUCCACCCAAGAUCAUCCCAUUUUCUGGUCAAGUACGGUAUGAUUAUUUGUUUGAAGACAACCAGACAGUCAAGAAAACCGACGCGGAUACUCAUAAUCCACGUCCAGUUCUCUCUUUCUUUCUUCCUUUUUUUUUUUUUUUUGUUUUGGGAAGAAAAAGAGAAGGAAGAAGAAUAAUAAGAAGAAGAAGAAAAUGCUUCUGAUAAAUGCGGUGAUGGCGACCAGAAUGUUGACAGCACUCGGGUCAACCGGCGAAGGUGAGAUACCAUUUGGAUCGGUGUGGUGGUACGCCUAUGCCGGCGUUUCCUGCUUUCUCGUUCUGUUCGCCGGAAUCAUGUCCGGUCUUACUUUAGGAUUGAUGUCCAUCGGACUCGUUGACCUUGAAAUCCUGCAAAGGAGUGGCACCUCCACCGAGAAGAAACAAGCUGCGGCUAUUCUUCCGGUGGUUCAGAAGCAACACCAUCUGUUGGUGACGUUGCUUCUGUGUAAUGCGGCUGCAAUGGAGGCCCUCCCUAUCUACCUGGAUAAGCUUUUUAACCAAUAUGUUGCCAUUAUUCUCUCGGUGACUUUUGUUCUGGCUUUUGGGGAGGUUAUUCCUCAAGCAAUAUGCACUAGAUAUGGGCUUGCUGUGGGUGCAAACUUUGUGUGGCUAGUGCGAAUUUUGAUGAUAAUUUGCUAUCCAAUAGCUUAUCCAAUAGGGAAGGUUCUGGACUGGGUUUUGGGGCAUAACGAAGCAUUAUUUAGGAGGGCUCAACUAAAGGCACUUGUUUCUAUUCACGGCCAAGAGGCUGGAAAGGGAGGUGAACUGACACAUGAUGAGACAACAAUUAUUAGUGGAGCACUAGAUUUGACUGAAAAGACUGCAGAGGAGGCUAUGACACCUAUUGAAUCAACUUUCUCCUUAGAUGUCAACUCAAAGUUGGAUUGGGAAGCAAUGGGAAAGAUUCUAGCUCGUGGACAUAGCCGAGUUCCUGUUUAUGCUGGAAAUCCAAAGAAUAUUAUCGGACUUCUGCUGGUGAAAAGUCUUCUUACUGUUCGACCUGAAACGGAGACCCCAGUUAGUGCUGUGUCCAUAAGGAGAAUUCCAAGGGUUCCUGCUGAUAUGCCUCUGUAUGAUAUACUGAAUGAGUUUCAAAAAGGAAGCAGUCAUAUGGCAGCUGUUGUGAAGUCUAAAGCGAAAAGCAAGGCUCUUCCUGUAACACCUGAUGGAGAAAAAGGUGAAGAGAACAAGUUCACCAGCGGGGACUCACAAUUGACUACUCCUUUGCUUUCAAAGCAGGAUGAAAAGCCAGAAGCUUUUAUUGUUGACAUUGAAAAAGCUCCUAAGCCCACUGGUCUGUACAAGGCAUCCAGUUUACAACGCAAUGAUGUGGCAACAAAUGGAUCAGCUCCUGCGUCUGAUGAUAUCGAAGAUGGUGAAGUUAUUGGUAUCAUCACCCUUGAAGAUGUUUUCGAGGAACUGUUGCAGGAGGAGAUUGUGGACGAGACAGAUGAAUAUGUUGAUGUUCAUAAAAGAAUCCGUGUGGCAGCAGCAGCAGCUGCCUCAUCAGUGGCCCGGGCUCCAUCAAGUCGGAGGUUAACUGCCCAAAAGGGAGCAGGAGGCCAAAGUAGGCAACAAACACCGAAGAAAUCUAGUGAAUGUAUUGAUGCAAGCUCCGCAAGGUCUCAAGGGACUUCUGCUGAGCCUUCUCUCGGGAACAAAAGAUAAGUGGAGUUUUCAAGUAGUUUGAGACUGAUGCCUGGUAUCCUACGGAGAGAAAUAUUGUGUUUCCAGCUACGCUUUUGCUGGAAAAGUGGAACCAUGAAGUCAUGUUAAUUCUUGGUUUAACCUAGUGAGAAGAUAGUGAACCACUCAGCUAUAUUCUGUUCUGUAUGGUUUAUUCAUAUAUAUACUAUUUGAAUACACAAUAUGGCAUAUAAUAGGAUUUUCGUGGACAGUAGCUUCAUUUAGAUUUUGAUGGUUAGAUUCGAAGAAACCGAUUCUUCAUUGGACCACGAACAAGAUCAGUGUUUGUUUUCAUAUGUUGUACAAUUUUGUGAAAAACUUAAAAGACAGAGAAGGUAACAGUGAUGUUUUAACAGUUUCCAAAUUGAAGCUUGUGCCAUGAGCGCGGAAUUGUUGUUGUUUCCAGACGUGUGAAGUUGUUUUGUAUGAUGGGGGAAAGUAUUGGUUUUUUAAUCAAUAAUGUUAUACUCUGAAUUUCACUGGUAAA